AAAGUGAUGGACUUUACGGCAAAUUUCAAUGCAAUUCAAUGUCAGUGUUAUUAGAGAACAAUGUAUUGAAUGUAUCGUUAAAUUAGUGGUUCAUAUACUGUGUUGUGUUGUGUUGUGUUGUGUUCGACACAAUCACACAAUCAUUACGUCACUCAUUGCUUAUCCAACAGUAUUUGAGAUGACGUGUUGAGCACUACUUUGUUUAGAUGUAACACAAGUAUGCCAUCCAUAGUGUGACCAAUGGGUCUACAUUUGACACAUUGGUAUCGGUAUAUGAAUAUUGGUCGACACUGACUGUCCAUACGAUGUCCGAUACGAUGACCGAUCAGUUGGUCACCCGAAAUGAUGGUCACAUUUGACGGCAAUGUGUGUGUGAAAUGAGGUUAUGUAUGAAUACAUAGUUAUUGUGAGCGCAUGCGUAUGAGUGUUGAGGCAGUUCUACUGUGACCUCGAUUUCAAUACUGACAGUGAGUUUGCUUUGAUAUCUCAUAACUAGAAUUCGAUUCGAUUUAAUAACAUCUCUAUUACUGAAUAAUAAUAAUAAUAAUAAAAAUAUUUUGUUUGAAAACAAGUGUUGAAACGAGUAAUGCUUUUGACUAUUGAAUUGAUGUUUGUUUUAUCGAAUCGAAUGAUUGCUUUAAUUAAUUGAUUCAUACAUUCAUUGAAUUAUUAUUUUGAUAUCUCUUUAAUGUUUUGAUUGUUUUGUUGUAACGAUUGUCACAUUUGACGAGUGAUAGUGUUGUCGCACACGACUCGUGCUAUACAUUGAAAGUACAGUGCGUUUGACUAAAGCAGUCAAUACUGAGUUGUAUUGCAUUGCAUUGCAUUCAAAGACAGCAAUCAUAAGCCGAUAGUGAAGACAACAGUAGACAACUGGAGCUGAUUGUCAUCAUUUGGUAUUCAAACUGAUCUCUAGUUGUCGAUAGGGUGAGUGUCCAAACCUGUUGAAGGUGUGGACCGAUAUCUAUGAGCGUCAAGACGGCUCAGUUCAAAGGUCAACGAUAUUCCUCUGGUGUAGAGCUGGACAAUGAGUGGCCAUUGAUAUGCAGUCCGGCAUCGAUGGCCAUGGAUUCGCAAUUUUAUGAACAGUCGUCACCAAUAAAGCCACACAACAAGUGUUCAUCGCCUCAACACUUCCCUCAAAGCGGUCGCCAAUCGGGUGAACUAUCACUUGAGCUGAGGGCAGACCUGACUGCACCUGAGCUGACCUUUGAUCACAUGUCGAUCCAACAGUUUAUUGCUAACGAAAUCAAUUCCAAUACCAAUACAUCUCUGGAAGAUUCGGUUUCCAUAUUUUCAGCGCUUCUUAACGAUAAACAGUCACAAAGUCGUAACAUUUCUAGCGAUCAAAACCCACAACACAGACAACAACACACGCGACCAGAACUGGCUGAUCAUAACAGUACAAACACUUACGGCCAACAAUCGGCUCACACUUCACACACACAUCAUUCAGACCCAUAUUCAAUGCAACAACAAUCAGCUGUUGGACCCGACGGCUACCCAUUAGAGACAUCAGCAGUGGUCAAACAAGAACCUGUUGAUCCAGAAGUAGACUUUUCCAGCAGUUGCAGUCAGAAUUCAGGUUAUUCGGGAGGCAGCUAUUCGGCCCAUUACGACAAUCGAGACCAUACUAUGAACGGCAACGAUGAGAGUCCUAUGUCUUUGGUUCACUUCACCGGCAAUGAUAUGCCUUCCCAUAAAAGCAAAAAGAAAAAUGUCGACAAAGCAUCCGAUGAAUAUAAGAAGAGACGCGAGAGGAACAACAUUGCUGUUCGUAAGAGUCGCGAAAAGGCAAAGGUUAGGUCCAGAGAGACGGAAAAGAAGGUCUCAGAGUUGGCCCGAGAGAACGAUUCACUCCGAAAGAAAGUAGAUAUGCUUUCCAAAGAACUCAAUGUUCUUAAGUCGUUACUAACCAACGUUGGAGUUCCCGCUGAAAGUGUCGACAGCGAGAUAGCUAAAGGCCUCCAAAUGGAUGGUCACUCCACCACUCCUUAUGGUUCAUCCAUGUAAUCGUUGUUUUGAUUUUUGAGUUGUAUUUUAUUAUAAUUAUUUUGUUUUCAAGUUUUUGUUUUUAGUUUUUAAUUAAUCAUUUAAUUUCAUUAAUUCAUCGAAAAAAUAUAUUUAUAUGUCAUAUAUUGACUAAAUUAGAGCCACAUUAUGACACACCUCAUUCUAGACUAUCAAUAUAUAACAUAUUUAUAUAUAUAAGAGAGAAAUUAUAUUUAUAUAAUAUAUAAAUUGAUAAAAUAUAAGCUAUUUUCAAUACUAAUUGUAAUUUUGAUCAGAGAAAACAAAAGUGAAAGUGUGUAUAAAAAGUUGUUUAACGAGUGGUAACAGAUAAGCCUUUUUUAAAAAGCUAAAUACAUAAGAAAAGUUAGAUAUAAACGUAACAUUAUAUACUGUUUUAAUACCAGUGCCUAAAUAUUUUAUGAUACAAAAUAUUUGAGGCUUUCUCCUCAUUACUUGUGCUCACAAUCGAGUUAUUAAUUUUAAUUAUUAUAUAACUUAUACUGUAAUUAUCUGUUUAUUUAAUGAAUUGUUGAUAUAAUUAAAAUUAUUAUUAUUUAAUAUUAAGCG